AUGUUGAUGGGCAGCCAAGUGAAGCGCUGGAAGAGAUGGAUAACCUGGAAUACAUGUGAAAGCACUGCCUGCAUCACAGCGAUGAACCUUUUGAAUUAUGGGAACUGUUCCCCAUUUUCUGAGCUGGAAAUGGUUUUGGUGAUGACAAUCCACACUAACUUUGGCUGGGAAAAUUAUACAUCUGAGAAUGAAAUUUGCGGCAUUUGUAGAGAUAUUGUCAUCGAUAGAGGAGUUUUGGAUGGUUGCCAACACUGGUUUUGCUAUACAUGCAUAGACAACUGGUCUGCCAUCACAAAUCGCUGCCCCCUCUGCAAAAUUGAAUUUCAGAAUAUAACAUCCACUCCAGUAUAUGAUAGUACUGGUACUGGAGAUACUAUUGAAGACGAUUACCCUUUAACAAGUGGUGAUGAUGAUUGGUAUGAGCCAGGCGAAAGCAACACACUAUCUUUCCCAUCAUACUAUAUAGAUGCAGAAGCAGUAGUUUGUUUGGAUGGUGGUGAUUGCAUAAUUCGAAGUGGACUCGUGGCAGCUGAGGAUAAUUCAGCUUUAGAUACAUCAAUUGCUUGUGAUUCCUGUGAUCUAUGGUAUCAUGCUAUAUGUGUGGGCUUUAAUCCAGAAACUACAUCUGAAGAUUCGUGGUUGUGCCCAAGAUGUGUAUCGAUUGAAGCGAAAAAUGAGUCAGAGGUUAUCCUGAAGCAAAACAUCAGUGGAGAUUCUGAUAGAACAUCUACCGGUGCAUCAUUUUCUGGGAGGGUGUCAGUAUCUGUUGCAGAUGAUGGUGAAACUGCCCUUGUUGUCUCGAUGGUUGGUGUAAAUUCUGAAAGUAAGGAUGACCUACAAGAAGGUUCACUAGGCUCGAAGACAGCCCAAGAAGCAUUUUAUUGCAAUUCACAUCCAAGUUGUUCCAUAGAUGAUUUAUCACAUGAGGAUGUUGCAAAUGCCUGUAUCCCGAGGAACAAAGAUAUUUCCUGUAGCUUACACAAUAAAUCUUCUGAAACUAAUUUGGCUCGCAUGGUUUCUUCUGAACCAACACAAAGAUCAUCAGAACUUUCAGCAAUGCGUGAGUCAGCAUGUAUCUUAUUUAGCGCAGAGCAUGGUAAUAUUUCAAAUGAACAGUCAGAAGUACCACAAGAUGGGCUAUCUUAUUCAUUAUUAUGUAGAAAUAAGGAGGCUGAAAGUACAGGAGAGGAUGCUGCGCUGCCUAGAAACAGUAAUGGGAAAUCUCCUGUCAUCAAAUCUGCACAACUUUCAUCAGCAGCUAGUAAGGUGGCAAGAUCAGCUGACAUUGAUAUGAUCAAUUCAGACGCAGUUCAGAAGAGGAAAAAUGACCAGAACACGCAGUUGCCACCCAUUCUUUUUUCCAGGCAGGAUAGACAAAAUACCAGUGACAUGGAAUCAGGAGGUGAAAUUAGUCAUCCUGCGAAGAAAGCAAAACUGGGAGUGCCGGAUCAGGAAAUGGAUCUCAUUGCAAACUCAGGUGUUUCUUCAUCAGACUGCCAUGCUACUUCGAUUGCAGCCGAAGUUAUUGCCAGUGAUACAUCAAAAAUUGCCACACAGAAUAAAUAUGUCCCUGAUAUAAUGAGUAUAGUUGAAGGAGAGAGCUACAUGAGGGAUCCUGGCAGGGAGCUGGCGAAGCCUGUAGGCAGAAGAGCAGGAGAUAAGCCUGGUCUUAGAAUGAAGAAGAUUUUACACAAGGACGGAAAAGAAUCAACUGCUGUAGUUCAGAAGCUACAACAAGAGAUAAGGGAAGUAGUUAGAGAUAAUGGUAUUAGUAUACUCGAGAAGGAUAACGCUUUUGACGAAAAACUUUUGACCGCAUUCCGUUCAGCAAUUGGGAAGUCCAUGGAUGGACCAGCCAAAAAACCCAACCUUUCACUCGCAAGGAAGUCGCUGCUUCAAAAGGGCAAGAUACGUGAGAAUCUGACCAAGAAGUUGUAUGCAUCAUCCACAGGAAGGAGACGAAGUGCAUGGCACCGUGACAGGGAAGUUGACUUCUGGAAACAUCGUUGCUCCCCAGGGAUAAAUCCUGAAAAGAUUGAGACACUGCAAUCAGUACUUCAGUUACUCAAGGAAUCCUCAGAUACUGGCACGCGCAAAGAAAGUGCUGAGGAGAAGAAAGCCUUUUUGUCCAGGUUAUAUCUGGCUGAUGCAUCAGUUGUUCCCAGAAAGGGUGAUAUAAAACCUCUCUCCGCCCUUGAAGGGUGCCUCCCAUUCGAUAAAAAUAGCCAAAUCAAAGGUGACGACAGCAAAUCAACACACAAACCUGCACCUGUGACUCAGACAAUCAAAAUCAAUUCGCCCAACAGCACCAGAAAAGUAUUGAGUUCUUCGACCCUGAGUAAAGAAGCAUUGAGUAGAAGAGAAAACAAAAAUGGUCAGGCAGCACAGAAUAAACAAAACCAAUCUGCUGGUGAUAUCAAGCAGGACAAAAGAAAAUGGGCCCUUGAGAUCCUGGCAAGGAAAAAUGCCAGCUCUAUUGCUAGCAAAGAUCAAACAGAAGGCACAGACGAUCUCAGCAGGAACUACCCUUUAUUAGCAAAACUUCCUGUGGAUAUGCGGCCACAGCUCACAACUGGACGUCAUAAUAAAGUUCCUAUUUCAGUUAGACAGGCACAACUUUACCGCAUUGCCGAGUAUUAUCUGCAGAGAGCAAAUUUGGAUGUUAUUCGCAGAUGUGCAGAUACCGAAUUGGCUAUUGCUGAUGCUGUCAAUGUAGAAAAUGAUAUUUACGGGAAGUCCAGUAGCAAAUCAGUUUAUGUGAAUCUUUGCUCCCAGGCUACUCGCCAGUCUGCCAAGCCAAAACCCGAGAAUGAUGCUUCAACUCUAACUGAAAAGGCUGAAGUUAGCAGCGAUUUGAUAUCACAGCAGGUUACAACUGAAAAUACCAAUAGUGGUAACAGUAAUGUGGAAGAAGCUUUAGACAGAGCAGGCCUUUUGGAUAUUCCUGCUACUGCCGGACAAACUGAUAAGAGUGAACUAGGUGGUGUGCUUGAGCAGAAUGCGAGUGAAAAUACUGUUUGUUUCAACAGCGUGGAAGAAGCGCUAAAAAGAGCAGGCCUCUUUGAUUCCCCUCCUAACAGUCCCGAGAGAAAAAGUACCACAGCUGAAUGUAAUUCCAGGACAGUUUCCGGUUCUCCAAUUUCCAUGCAACAAAAAUAUACAAAUACAGAUGAUACUUACUUGGUAAAUUUGGACUCUGAACCGAGCAGAAGUUUGCAGUCAAGUUCUGAUUCUAGGUUUAGGGAUGCAUCCCCACUUAAAGAUGAGGAUGAUUCAUCCUGUCAGCAACCAAAAUGUAGUUCUGAGGAUGAUCAGAAAUUGAUACCCAGCGGAGAAACUACAGAUGCAACAGAAAAUGAAACCCUUUCAGUGAACUUGGCCGAAGCCGAUAAAUGUAGUUUGCAAUGCGAAAAAACGAGUCAAACAGACAAGGAAACUGUAGCUGACAUCCCUGAUGAAGGUACCGGGCAUGUGGAGGACUCAAAAGAAAUGGACAUAACAGUGAGCGAUUUGCAUAAUAAAUCUAGUCAUGGGAAUAAUGUGCCGAAAGAAGGUGAAGGAAUCAGUCAAGCAGUGAAACUGGAGCUCGGUAAAGAGAAGUCUUCCAGUGGCAAUCAAGAGUUGAAUCGUAAACAUUCCAAAGGAGACAAGUCAUCUACCCAUCCAGCAGAAAGUGUAGACAGUUGGAAGAAACCAGCACCUGACCCAGGCAAUAACAGCACACCAGUUUCAUCUAGUUCCAUACAUAAGAAGGUUGAAAUGUUUGUGAAAGAGAACAUCAGGCCACUUUGCAAGAGCGGCGUAAUCACCGUGGAGCAAUACAGGUGGGCUGUUGCUAAAACAGCAGAGAAGGUUAUGAAGCACCACUCGGAGGCUAAGAAUGCCAACUUCCUGAUCAAGGAGGGUGACAAGGUGAAAAAGCUUGCUCUGCAGUAUGUUGAGGCAGCUCAGCAAAAGAUCAGUUGA